GUACCCCCUAUUCGCUUAUUUACGCUCCGACUUUCUCCGUGCGAUCAUCGUUCCAUUAAACCCCCAUCGCGUCGUAUAUUACGUGUGUGUGCUUUUGUGACAUUUCUCUUCACGUCUUUUUUGUUUGGAUUAACUCAGUGACUGACUUAAACGUGUUUGGAAAGAUGAAGGCCGUAGUAGCAACAACCGUGUGUGCCGAAAACGCCGUGGCAGCCGGUAAAAUCGCCAAAAGCAAAGCGAAGGAUAUCGAAAACGAGGAGAUCCAGAUGUACCUUAGCAAGUUGAAGGAUCUGGUGCCGUUUAUGCCUAGGAAUCGGAAGUUGUCGAAACUGGAAGUGAUCCAGCAUGUGAUCGAUUACAUUUGUGAUCUGCAGUGCGCUUUGGAAACGCAUCCGGCCGUGAAUACGUUCGAUGCGCAGGCUGUACUCAGUCAAAAGUCCCAAGCUGCUGUUAGUCCCAGGCAACCGUUGGGUGUGAGGCAGAAUCCCAAUACGAUUUUGAGUCCUUGCGAGGCCCCUGUUGUACAGACUUUAAUGACAGUAGAAGCCUUGACACCGUCGGACAGGCCUUCAAGUUAAGCAACCACCAUCUAGUUCCAACCCAAAUUUUGUUGAAUCUUUCUCAUUCCAAGACUACGAGGCCCCCCCGGUUGGAGUCUCUUGAACAGUUGGAGAAUGUUUUAUUCAAUGAAUAUGACUGAAGAAAACAAUUAAAUUAUUUGUGUUUGGAUGAAUGGCUGACUUGUAUGUUGUAAAUAUUCUAGUGGUUUAGGUUUAUAUUUGUUUGAACACUGAACUGUAUAGCGUGGAAGGGUGUUCCCUAAAAAUAUUUAUGUACCUGUUACGUUGCAAUGUCGUUGUAGUUUCGUAAACUGUAUAUAAAAACGUAUCAUCAGGCGGGUCGAAAAACAAUAUUAAUUUAUUAUUAUUACUGUUCUCACAAGGUAAUUUGUAUAUCAUCUUGCACCCAUAUUAUAAUGUAAUACAGACGUAACAGUUUUAUUUUUAAUUUAAAUAUAAUUUUGUGACUUUAUUUCUGUGAUGUUUAGCUCGUAGUGGAUUUAGUUUUAUAUAUAUAUGUAUAAUAGAGAUCACAAAAAUUAUUGUACAUUUUUGUUUUCUUUUUUUUUUGUAAAUAGAAAUUUAUAUCGGUAAGAGUUCAGAGUUUUGUUAAACAGAUUUUUUAUGCGAAAUGCAUUUUUUAUGAUUUUUCUUCUUUUUUGAUGAGAAUAAAAGAAUUAUCCUUUAAAUACAA